UUGACCUGUCACAUUUGCCCUCGGCCAAUAAGAUUCCAGUGACCCGUUUAAAUUGAUAAAAAUACAUUUUUUGCCUUUGUUUUCUUCCGAUUGAGCACUGGCGGUAACUUUCCGGUAAAAUCCGAUCAAUAUGUUCUUUAUGCAAGAAUUAUGGCAUUGAUAACCAGCCAUUUCCGCGGAGCUAUAAUUCGAAAUGUGACUCGAUUAUCAGUUGGCGAAUCCUCGAUUUUUAAUUGCAAAUUUUGCGCUAUCACUUCGUUUUCAGCAGAUUCACAGCUCUACCCGAAAAAGAACAGGAUACCAAAGGCUUCGGGCACUAACUGGUUCAGAAAAAUGUCAGAUUCUGAUUCUGCUGCUGGUACCUCUCAGGGGCCAUCAGAUGUUCCUGAGAAAAAUGUUAAAAAGAAUAGAUUGAUUCUAGAAAAGUCGCCCUACUUGUUACAACAUGCCACGAACCCAGUUGACUGGUAUCCAUGGGGUGAGGAGGCAUUUGAAAAAGCACGCAAGGAAAACAAAGUCAUAUUCUUAUCUGUUGGAUAUUCAACUUGCCAUUGGUGUCACGUGAUGGAAAAAGAAUCAUUUGAAAAUGAAUCGACAGCAGAAAUAAUGAACAAACACUUUGUGAAUAUAAAAGUCGAUCGAGAAGAACGACCUGAUGUUGAUAAGAUGUAUAUGACUUUCAUUCAAGCUACUGUUGGGAAUGGGGGUUGGCCAAUGUCUGUAUUCCUCACUCCCAACUUGGAACCCUUGACCGGAGGAACUUAUUUUCCUCCGGAAGAUAUGCUAGGAAGACCAGGCUUCAAGACGGUUCUGAAAAAUAUAGCCCAAAUGUGGGGUGAAAAAAAGACUACGAUGGAGACUGCUGGUAUGAAAACUGUUGAAGUUUUGAGGAAGUUAUGGAAAAAAGACCUAACAUCUGGCGAACAAGGAAAAAUUAGUGUUCCCAAUGAAAAAUGUGUUAAAAAGUGUCUUCUUCAGUACGAAAGGUGUUUUGAUGAUGAAUUUGGCGGAUUUUCUUCAGCACCCAAAUUUCCUCAACCUUCAAACUUCAGUUUACUGUUUCACAUAUAUUCCAGAGAUAGAGAAUCUCCAGAAGGUAUUCUUGCUUUGGAAAUGUGUCUGAAGACUUUGAAAAAGAUCGCUUACGGAGGAAUUCAUGAUCAUGUCAACUCAGGUUUUGCUAGAUACUCGGUGGACAACAAAUGGCAUGUACCACAUUUCGAGAAAAUGCUCUACGAUAACGCCCAACUUGCUGUGAGUUAUUGCGACGCUUUCGUGGUCACCAAAGACCAGUUUUUCUCAGAAGUGGUCAACGAUAUCCUAACUUACGUAAGCAGAGAUUUGAGUCAUGAAUUGGGCGGUUUUUACGGUGCAGAAGACGCAGAUUCUUAUCCGACACACGGGGCUGCGGAAAAGAAGGAAGGUGCCUUCUGCGUGUGGGAGUACUCGGAGUUGGAGGAACUCCUUCAAUAUGAAAGGGAAAACAUUCCGGUCUUCAAACUGUUCGCCUACCAUUUUGGCGUGAUGAAAAGCGGCAACGUUCCAGCUCAAUACGACCCUCAUGGCGAACUGCUCAAGAAGAAUAUCCUCUGCUGUUUCGGCAGUUAUGAGAAGACUGCUUCUAAAUACAACAUCUCCGUCUCCAAACUGAAGGAGAUACUACGAGAGGCUCUCGAUAUCUUGUACGAAGAAAGGCAGAAAAGACCCAAACCCAUCACCGAUACCAAGAUGAUAACCGCAUGGCAAGGUCUCAUGAUUUCCGGUUACGCCAAAGCCGGUUUCGCCCUCAAAGAGCAGAAAUACAUCAAUCGCGCCAUAUUGGCGGCCAACUUCAUCAAGAAGUUCUUGUACGACGAAGAAACGAAGUCGUUGUGGAGAUGCUGUUACAGAGGCGACAGCAACGAGAUCGUACAGAUCAAUCAUCCCAUAAAGGGAUUCCUAGACGAUUACGCGUUUUUGAUAAGGGGUCUGUUGGAUCUCUACGAAGCCUCGCUCGAUUCCGAUUGGCUCCAGUGGGCCGAGGUCCUUCAGGAGACCCAGGAUAGACUGUUCUGGGAUCCCGAAGGGAUGGGGUAUUUCUCCAGUCCCGCGGGCGAUGCGAGCAUCAAGGUGCGGGGAAAAGAAGAUCAAGACGGCGCUGAGCCUUGCGGAAACUCGGUAUCGGUACAUAACCUCCUCCGAUUGGCCGCUUACUUGGACAGGCAGGAUUUGAAGUCGAAAGCCGGCAGAACCCUUACGGCGUUCUCCGAAAGGUUGAGCACCAUACCGAUGGCGCUUCCCGAGAUGAUGUCUGGCCUGCUGCUCUAUCACAACGCGCCUACGCAGGUAUUCAUAGCUGGAGAAACUGGCGACAGAAGUACUGAAGCCCUCUUGGAUGUUCUAAGGUGCAGACUCAUACCCGGCAGGGUAUUGGCGGUGACAGAUGGUCCGGGUGGUAAAGCCGGGAUUCUUUACAAGAGACAUGAAACCUUGGCGCGUUUGAGGCCGGUGGGCGGCAAACCAGCGGCGUACGUAUGCAGGAACUUCGCUUGUUCCCUACCAGUAACCGACCCGGAAGAAUUGGCGAGUUCGCUCGACGCCCAGUGCAGUUUGUCGAAUAAACCGUCGAUUAGCAGGGAAAGGUUGGAGGCGUUUCAGCCGUUAUCGAGCAGGGAUUGCUCGUCUAGCGGCGAAGAAUUCCCCAAAGAAAAAUGAGCCGAUGAAGUUUUCUUCGGUUUGAGAAUUUUGGGCGACGAGACCUCGUGUGGCUGUGGGAUCGAGAUAGUAAAAGCUGUGAUUGGAUAUUUUAUUUUUAGCAUUGAUUUUUAUGUCGAUUUCGAGUUGUCUCUCUAUUGAAGGUUUACAAGAGGUUUGUUUGGAAUAAGUCUGUUAUUGUUCAUGGAAUGAUGAUGAAAAAUAAUAUAAUAACUUCAUGAUAUAAAACAUAUUUCAAUAAAAAUAUUUUGUUUUA